AUGUUCAACAAUCGCAAGUUCUCGAUGAAUAGGAACACUGGCGUCCCAAGACGUCGGUUCAGUAUCGGAGACCCGAGUGCGAAUGAGACGAGCUCCAAGAUCCAUCGCCAGUUCCGUGCUGCCAACCCGGGCCAUCUGCCCCAUGCCGGCUUGGACGCCACACGUGCCUCCACCGGCGUGGUCUGGUGCACUGAGCGCGCUGCCGAGUACGGCUUCCUCGACGAGCCCGAGAAGUGGGCCAACCUCGGCCAGGGCGCUCCCGAGGUUGAGGAUGACAUCGAGGGGUGCUUUGAGCGCCCUCACACCAUAGAUGUGUCCGUCGCGCUCCGGGAGUACGGCCCGACUGCCGGUAUUAAGCCCCUGCGCGCUGCCGUAGCACGGAUGUACAACGAGAUGCAUCGUCAGGGGAAGGAGAGCCAGUACAGCUGGGAGAACGUAGCCAUCGUUCCGGGCGGCAGAGCCGGCCUGAUCCGUAUCGCCGCCGUUUUGAAUAACGCCUAUGUCGGCUUCUUCAUCCCUGAUUACACGGCAUACAACGAGAUGCUGUCUCUCUUUAAGAACUUCGCCGCCAUUCCAACACCACUCUCCGAGGAGGACGGCUACCAUAUCCACCCUGAUGUGAUCGCCCGGGAGAUCGCUCGGGGCACUUCGGUCAUCUUGACCUCGAACCCGCGAAACCCCACGGGCAGGGUCGUAGCCAACCCCGAGUUGGCCGAGAUCCAAGACAUCUGCCGCGGACGCGCGACGCUGGUCAGCGACGAGUUCUACUCGGGCUACAACUACACCAGCGACUGCGAUGGCACUACCAUCUCCGCCGCCGAAAACGUCCACGACGUCGAUGAGGAUGACGUCCUCAUCAUCGAUGGCUUGACCAAGCGAUUCCGUCUGCCGGGAUGGCGCAUUGCGUGGAUAUUGGGCCCUAAGGAGUUCAUUAAGGCUAUCGGUUCCUGCGGCUCAUACCUUGAUGGUGGAGCCAACGCUCCGUUCCAAGAGGCGGCCGUUCCUAUGCUCGAGCCGUCUCUCGUCAGGAGGGAGAUGGAGGCCCUCCAGCGACACUUCAGGGAUAAACGAGACUACGUAGUUAAACGCCUACGGGAUAUGGGAUUCGUGAUCAAGUACGUGCCGGACAGCACAUUCUACCUCUGGCUCAACCUCGAGGGCCUUCCUGGCCCGAUCUCGGACGGCCUGAACUUCUUCCAGGCUUGUCUCGAAGAGAAGGUCAUCGUCGUCCCGGGCAUCUUCUUCGACCUAAACCCGUCCCGUCGUCGAGACCUAUUCGACAGCCCUUGCCAUCACUUUGUCCGCUUCUCCUACGGCCCUAGAAUGGAGACCUUGAGAAUGGGCUGCGACGGUAUCGAGAGAGUCGUCAACAAAUUCAAGAAGUACGUCGACUAG